UUCCUGCUGCAGAAUGGGGCUGAUGUGAACCAGAGGGACAUGAAGGGGAGAGGACCCCUACACCACGCUACCUACCUGGGACAUACAGGUCAGGUGUGUCUGUUCCUGAAGAGAGGGGCUUGUCAGACGGAGGUGGAUGAGGAAGGUCACGACCCUCUGAGCAUGGCUGUCCAGGCCGCUAACGCCGAUAUUGUUACACUGUUGCGGUUAGCACGGAUGAACGAGGAGAUGCGCGAGGCGGAGGGUCCACUUGGUCAGCCAGGCGUUGCCAUGGAGACCAGCAGGAAGGUAAAGCGCAAGGAUAGUGUUCGGGAUAGAGUGACACAACAUAUCACAUCUUUCGGGAGUUCUCGCUCAUGGCGUCCCACCAGCCCGAGAAGCUAAAGAGGAGAAUGCACUUCAACAACUGCCAGACGUAGUCCAUGAUGACAUCAAAACAUACUUCAGCCACUGCCUGAGGUAGUCAAAGACUCCUAACUCGACUCAGACUCUGAUGUGACUAACUAACAAGUCUCUGUGUCCUACACCUGAGAUCUAUUUAGGUAGAGCACCACCAAGACAGAUCUAUUUAGGUAGAGCACUAUCAACAAGAAAGAUUUAUUUAUCUACUAGUUUAUUAGCAUUCUACCUGCCUAGUAAGUAGUUAGUAAGUGGCCUUGUGCAUGCCAAAACGGCCCAUAGGGCAGUGAGUUUUGUUUCUGCAGCGUGAGGCAGAAGUACAUCCCUGGAUAGGACAUUAGUCUUAUCACAGGUUCAUAACUGCAUAAUGAUGUAUAAUCUAAAUUCAAAUAUGUUAUUUCCUUAUUUUCUUGGAUUACAUUUUAUAAUGUUAUUAAGUACACAGUGUAUGUGGUGAUGAAAGGUUGAUUUGUUAAACUUCUUACAUUUUUUAUAUAAACUAUAAACUUUUCAGUGGGUGCCCUGYUGCCCUGGUGUUCUCCUAGCAAGCGAUAAUUGCUCUCAGUUCCAURGCAUUACACACAAGAUUCAUCAUUAGACGAAGGCGUCUUCUGUACGGGAGAGUUUUGUUUUAAGAGCCGCGACGCUCGGUCUGAACAUUUAACACGCAUCGUUUGCGGUACGGUUUUGRAAGCAUAAGGACCUUAUCUUUAUUWWUUUUUUAAAGGUUAAAUUGAUACACACCUUUUAUAGGGUUAAGGUUCCCACASGGCCGUYUUUCCARGUUACAGCACUAGUUUAGGGAAAACAUACGGAAGACAGAGUGGACUACCUGUGCUAAUUAGUUAUCAGCGUCUCCGAACACCUGUGUGUAAGUGGAAGAUGACAAACGUGUUGUCACUGAAAAAUACUGUCGGCUGCAACUGCGUUGAAACCGGUUAAAACGGCGUACAGUGUAUAUUUAGUGUAUUUUGCAUUUGGGAAAUUAUUUAAAAAGGGAUUCGUGUUUCUAGAACCGUACUGCAAUUGAGAAUCGAUUCAGGUUUGGAUUGAAUUUGGCUUCCAGAGCCACUUCAUCUUUAAACAGAACAUGUAAGGUCCUUGGACUAAGGAGUAACGUUAGGUUUCUUUAGUUCAUUAUUGGGUGAUUGUUCCCUUAGUUAGGGAGAGUGGAAAAAUUGCAGUUUCAAUUCAUGCUUGAUUUGUAUUACUGUAUGUACAGAGACAUGUAUACUGCAUACAUUAUGAUAUUGUUGUAUGGUGGUAUUAAACAUUUUGUAUUGUAGACAUGUAGUGGUGGUAWUAUACA